ACACUGUCCGGCCUUGUCAGCAGCUCUCGCUCGGUUCCUCCCAAGGGCCUGAAAUCUCCUCACCAUGCUCUGGGUUCCCCUCAUUGUCCUACUGGGAACAUGGUGCACAGGUUCCAGCUCCCAGCCUGUGCUGACUCAGCCGCCCUCGGCGUCAGUGUCCCCAGGAAACACUGUGAAACUCUCCUGCACCAUGAGCAGUGGGACCAGCAUCAGUGACUACACUGUGUAUUGGUACCAGCAGAAACCUGGGAAUUCUCCACGAUACCUGCUGUAUUACUACUCGGAUUCCAGCAAGGGCCAGGGCUCUGGGGUCCCUGCUCGUUUCUCUGGUUCCAAAGACACGUCCAGUAACACCGGCUAUUUAACCAUCUCCGGGGCCCUGGCAGAGGAUGAGGCUGAUUAUUACUGUGCUGUGAUAAAGAUUGGCACUGCUGUGUGGGUCUUCGGUGGAGGAACCCAGCUGACCGUCCUUGGUCAGCCAAAGGCAUCUCCCACCAUGCACCUCUUCCCUCCAUCCUCAGAAGAGAUACAGACAAAGAGCAAAGCCACACUGGUGUGUCUGCUAGGCAGCUUUUACCCAGGGUCAGUCCAAGUCACCUGGAAAGCUGAUGGCCAGCAGAUCUCCACUGGAGUGGAGACGACCAAACCCUCCAAACAGAGUGACAACAAGUACAUGGCCAGCAGUUACCUGUCUCUGGAUGCAUCAGAUUGGAGGAGACAUGAGACCUACACCUGCCAGGUGACACAUGAUGGGAAGAACUUCGAGAAGUCCCUGACGAGCUCAGAGUGGAAUUCUCACAGGUGGUGGCGAUCUCUCCCUGCCAUUGAACGUGACUGGUUUUUGUACAACCAUGUGUCACUGUGGGUUGUCUUCGGUGGAGGAACCCAGCUGACCGUCCUUGGUCAGCCAAAGGCAUCUCCCACCGUGCACCUCUUCCCUCCAUCCUCAGAAGAGAUACAGACAAAGAGCAAAGCCACACUGGUGUGUCUGCUAGGCAGCUUUUACCCAGGGUCAGUCCAAGUCACCUGGAAAGCUGACGGCCAGCAGAUCUCCACUGGAGUGGAGACGACCAAACCCUCCAAACAGAGUGACAGCAAGUACAUGGCCAGCAGUUACCUGUCUCUGACUGCAUCAGAUUGGAAGAGACAUGAGAGCUACACCUGUCAGGUGACACACGAUGGGAAGAACUUCGAGAAGUCCCUGAAGAGCUCAGAGUUGUGGAGACUUCACCAGCCAAAUGCGAGACAGGAUGUGAUGAUGCAGCUUUUUCAGAGUGACCCAUCACCCACGGACUAUCUGGAGAUCCUGAUCAGUCGUGUGUCACUGUGGUAUGUCUUCGGUGGAGGAACCCAGCUGACCGUCCUUGGUCAGCCAAAGGCAUCUCCCACUGUGCACCUCUUCCCUCCAUCCUCGGAAGAGAUACAGACAAACAACAAAGCCACACUGGUGUGUCUGCUGGGCAGCUUUUACCCAGGGUCAGUUGAAGUCACCUGGAAAGCUGAUGGCCAGCAGAUCUCCACUGGAGUGGAGACGACCAAACCCUCCAAACAGAGUGACAACAAGUACAUGGCCAGCAGUUACCUGUCUCUGGAUGCAUCAGAUUGGAAGAGACAUGAGAGCUACACCUGCCAGGUGACACACGAUGGGAAGAACUUCGAGAAGUCUCUGAGGAGCUCAGAGUGUUGUCAGCCAAAGGCAUCUCCCACCGUGCACCUCUUCCCUCCAUCCUCGGAAGAGAUACAGACAAACAACAAAGCCACACUGGUUUGUCUGCUGGGCAGCUUUUACCCAGGGUCAGUCCAAGUCACCUGGAAAGCUGACGGCCAGCAGAUCUCCACUGGAGUGGAGACGACCAAACCCUCCAAACAGAGUGACAACAAGUACAUGGCCAGCAGUUACCUGUCUCUGGAUGCAUCAGAUUGGAAGAGACAUGAGAGCUACACCUGUCAGGUGACACACGAUGGGAAGAACUUCGAGAAGUCCCUGAAGAGCUCAGAGUGUCAGCCAAAGGCAUCUCCCACCGUGCAGCUCUUCCCUCCAUCCUCGGAAGAGAUAAAGACAAACAACAAAGCCACACUGGUGUGUCUGCUGGGCAGCUUUUACCCAGGGUCAGUCCAAGUCAUCUGGAAAGCUGACGGCCAGCAGAUCUCCACUGGAGUGGAGACGACCAAACCCUCCAAACAGAGUGACAACAAGUUCAUGGCCAGCAGUUACCUGUCUCUGGAUGCAUCAGAUUGGAAGAGACAUGAGACCUACACCUGUCAGAGUGAGCAGAAGUUGUCCCAUGUCUAUUUUCCCCAUCGUGGGCAGUGGUGGCGACCUCUCCCUGCCAUCAACUGGGACUGGUUUUUGUACAGCCGUGUGUCACUGUGGAACAUCUUCGGUGGAGGAACCCAGCUGACUGUCCUUGGUCAGCCAAAGGCAUCUCCCACCGUGCACCUCUUCCCUCCAUCCUCGGAAGAGAUAAAGACAAACAACAAAGCCACACUGGUGUGUCUGCUGGGCAGCUUUUACCCAGGGUCAGUCCAAGUCACCUGGAAAGCUGACGGCCAGCAGAUCUCCACUGGAGUGGAGACAACCAAACCCUCCAAACAGAGUGACAACAAGUACAUGGCCAGCAGUUACCUGUCUCUGACUGGAUCAGAUUGGAACACCCAUGAGACCUACACCUGUCAGGUGACACAUGAUGGGAAGAACUUCGAGAAGUCCCUGAAGAGCUCAGAGUGUUCUUAA